GGUGCUGGGGUCUCCGGCCUGGGAGGGAGGGAGGGUUCCCGGGAGGGAAUCCGAGAAGGGCCCCGCUAUCCGCAAUGGGCUCUGCCGACUUGGACGUGACCAUUCAGAUCCCGGAGCCGGUCUCGCACUAUCAGGACCUCCUGACUGUCCCAGCAACAAACCUUCCUCUCUCGGCUUUGGGCAUUUUCUCUGGCUGUCCCCCGCAUCUGGCAUGCUCUUCCUCAUCUCCGCCUCCCAGCUCCCUCUGAGUCCCAGAAGCAAGUGCAGACCCAGAGAGAAGGGAGCGAGGAGGGCAUCAGCAGCCGGUGGUGAUUCUGCUGGGCUGGGGAGGCUGCACAGACAAAAACCUGUCCAAGUACAGUGCCAUCUACUUCAACAGGGGAUGCAUCGUGAUCCGCUACACCGCCCCCUGGCAGAUGGCCUUCUUCGCGGAGCCCUUCGGCAUCCCCUCCCUGCGCAGCCCUGCCAAGAAGCUUCUGGAACUGCUCUUUGACUAUGAGAUUGAGAAGAAGCCCCUCCUCUUCCAUGUGUUCAGCAACGCCGGGGUCAUGCUGUACCGCUACGUCAUCGACCUGAUCCACACGCACCGCCAGUUCAGCCACCUCCGGGUGGUGGGCACCAUCUUUGACAGCGCCCCCGGCAACAGCAACUUGGUGGGGGCCGUGCGGGCCCUCUCCACCAUCCUGGAGAGCGAGCGGCCGAUGCUGCGCUUCUUCCUCCUCCUCACCUUCGCCCUGGCGGCCGUCCUCGUGCGGCUGCUGCUCACCCCGGUCACCGCCAUCUUCCACGUCAACUACUACGAGGCGCUCAUGAAGCAGUCAUCGCGCUGGCCCGAGCUCUACCUCUACUCCAAGGCCGACCGCAUUAUCCGGGCCUGCGACAUUGAGCACAUGGUGGUGGCUCGGCUGGAGCAGCAGGUGCUGGUGCGGGCCGUGGACUUCUCGGCCUCGGCCCAUGUCAGCCACCUGCGGGACUACCCCACCUACUAUACCAGCCUCUGCCUCUCCUUCCUGUACAAUUGUGUGCAUAUGUGAGGGCUCCCCUCGGGUGCUCCCCUGCCCUUUCUGCCCAGAAAUAAAAGUCGGCUCCCCCUCCA